AGCUGUAAAUAUCCAAAGCAACAGCCAAACGCUCCGUUCGAAAGAAAAGGAGAGAUGCCUUGAAAGAGAAAUGGCAAACCCUAGCAGAAGGAAUUCGAUUUCAAACCCCACAUCAGAAAAUCACAACCAAACGCUCCACCAAUCGGUCGCAAUUUUCCUGAAGAGGCCGCAGGCAUUUCCAUGCCUACUCUCUGUUUUCGUACUCCUCACAUGGCUUUCCCUCAGAUUCCAACAUCUGAGCUCCUCUCAAAUCCAGCAGCAGCAGCAGCAAUGGAUGAAGAAAGAUGAGUCUGACAAUAUGAAGACUGCCAAUAUUGUCAGAUUCAGCUCUGAAUUCCCUUCCCUUGUCGUCAAAGACAAGCGGGGUUGGCUCCUCAAUCCCGUGUCUGCUACCUCUGAUGCCGGCAUUUCAGGGGGUGCACAGUCAUGUGAGUCAGUGCAUGUGGGUGAGAUCCGACCUGGCGGCGUAAGGGCAAACCACAGGCAUCAUACAUGCAAUGAAACAUUUAUCAUUUGGGGCGCCAAAACAAAGUUUAGGUUGGAAGACAGUCAUGUGGCAGGAAAAGGUUACAUAGAAGUCAUGAUUGGUGCCGAAGAGGUUGCUGUUGCUGCUAGCCCAAGCGGAAUGGCUCAUGCGCUAGUUAAUGUUGACCAUACACGGACCACCUUCUUCUUGGGUUGCCAAGACAAUAUAAUAAACUAUAACAGCUCAACUACUGAUUUUAAUGUUUGGAAGGAUCUUUAAUGUUAUCUUUGGAUCAUCUAUUCAUUCCAGUCUGAAAUGCAUGUAUGCUCAGCUCAAUGAUAUACUGGUUUUUGCAUGGUUAGGAUGCGUUCGACAGGAAUGAAGCGAGGUGUCAUCUUACACAGAUGCUUGUGCUUCUAUAACUUGCAUAGAUGUAGAAUUGCAUCCUCUACAUUUUUAUUGUGUUUUGAGGCAUGAUUGGAUGAAUCCUUGUAUAUUGAGUUGAAUUGCAAUAUUUGUUUGUUGUAGUGAAAAUGACCCAAUUACAGUUACCUUGAGGAACUACAUGUUCCAACUUGAAAGGAAUGUAAUUGCCUUUUUGAGGCCACUUCUUCGUUGUAAAUGCUAGGAAAUGUAAGUAUACUUUCUUUAUUUC